AUGGCCAAAAAGACCCGCAGCCUUCUUCAUGGGGAGAUCACAUACUCCUUCGCCAAAGACGAGGAGGUCAACAUCCUCCAUCGCCUAGGAUACGUCAAGCAACGCGCAAAGUUCUUCGAUGUCUUGCACCACAAGCGCGCCUGGAUGAGAUCAAUUGUUGCCCACCACCUUGGCGCAUCUCCCAAUGCUUGCUCUGUGGCUGGCCCUGAGGACUGGAUCUAUGGCAGCUUCAAUGUCUGUAUUCCGGUCACUGUCUCCUCAAGUUGGAGGAGGAAAAGGCAAAGGCUGAUGCUCCGGUUUCCACUUCCAUAUCGUGUCGGUGACCACUUUUGCCCGGGAAAUAGCGACGAGAAGCUUCGAUGUGAAGCUGGGACCUAUGCGUGGCUUCAGCAGAAUGCCACGGAUGUGCCCAUCCCACACAUGUAUGGGUUUGCUGUAUCAACUGGAGAGACGCCACAAAGUCAAGCCACGGAUAUUGGUUACCUUCUGAUUGAGUACAUCGAGGAAUCGGCCGGCCGGAUGCUUUCUAAUACAUGGAGUGAAAAAAGGCAUGAUGACCGGUUACGUGGGAACCUCUUUCGCUCACUUUCUCAAAUCUUGCUGAGCAUCACACGAACCCCGUUACCAUGCGUUGGAUCGUUUGUAAUUGAUAAUAACGGUUAUCUGCAACUCACCAACCGGCCACUAUCACUUGAGAUCCAGGCGCUGGAGAAUGAAAACAUUCCGACCGACAUGCCUCGCAAUUACACCUACGCGACAGUCGACUCCUAUAUCCUUGAUGUUCUAAGGAUCCAUGACAAUCGUCUCCUUCAUCAGCCCAAUGGAAUCAACAAUCUUGGUGACUACGGUGCCCAGGCAGCAGCUCUGACAAUCCUACGAGCGGCUUUGCCAUCCUUCUUUGACCCAGGCCUGCGUCGCGGCCCUUUUGUAUUGACGUUUACCGAUUUCAAUCAGAGCAACUUUUUUGUCGAUGAAGACUGGAAUGUGACCUGUAUUGUGGAUCUGGAGUGGAUGUGCUCAUUGCCUAUUGAGAUGUGCCGCAUUCCCCCAUGGCUGACAGACAAAGCUGUGGAUGAGAUUGCCGAACAGCCUGAAGAGUAUGGUCGACUCAGACAGGAACUAGUAGAUACACUUGCAGCGGAAGAAGCAAAGCUGUUUGGCCCAAACGAGGCGGGCGCCCAGCAGCAUCGUCUGUCAAUGGUCAUGAAUCAAGGUUGGGAACUGGGAACAUUCUGGUAUUCUCUCGCGCUUCGAAGUCCCACGGGUCUUCACGCGCUCUUCUACAAACAGAUACAGCCGAGAUUUCUCAAAAAAUGCCCGGAACAUACAGAAUUCGACAAUAUUGUCCCAUGGUACUGGAGAACCGAUUUUCUUGAGGUUGCCAUCAAAAAGAUGGAGGAUAAGAAAAACUAUGAUAUGCAACUCCGAGAAGCUUUUGACAAGGAUGAAGCCCCAUGA